UCCCGCAGUUGAAUCGCGCUCUUCAAACAGUCGAAAGCGUUGAACGCAUGCGUGUAGAUUCUCCGGUUGUUCCUUCUCUCAUUUCGGGUCGUGCGGGUUGUUCUCAGACGUGGAAACGUGUGCGUACGAAUUUUGCUCUGUGGGAUGCCCCAACCUACGACGACGAGGUGCAUCCAGGGAUCUCUGUAAGGAUCUGUCGGGAAAACUCACGCAACGGUUUUUCAGCGCUCGUUCUCGCGCGUUUUUCUCUGCGUCUGUGUGAAAAGUGCGUGCGGGGGAAAAUCAGCAAAUCGUGAUAAGUGCAAAAUCGAUAUUUUUUGGAGAUUCCAUCGUCGGAAGUGGACACACGCUUCCUGAAAAACUACGGGACAUAUCAGCCUAAUGCUAGACUGAAUGUAUUUGUGUGCGCAAAAGAGAGUGAAAGCCCUCGGGAAGAGUUGCAGACAGGACAGCGAGGAAUCGGAAGAGUGAUCAAUAGUGCUAAACGGGGACGUUUAAGACAAAUGUCGGCCUGUGUGGAAGUUCGUAGUUCUUGAAUAAGGCUUCUUAUCUGGGAUCGUUCCCAAGUGUCAUCGGGAUAAAUCGAUCAUCGCGGGAACGAAACACAACCGGCUCCGGGUGCCGUAUAUUUUCGUUCGCUUUGGUGUGCUUUAAUUUCUUUUCUCAAAACAAUCAAGAUAAGCCAUCUUCCAGCGGAGACCCGGUCUCAGUCGUCUCAGUGAAACAAAAACGGAAAAAAACAAAGAAGUAGAAGACGGAAAACAACGAUAACAGAAGGUGUGAGUGAAAAGAAAUACUUUAUGCAUCGCCUUUGCGAUCUAUCGAGAAGCUAUCGAUACGACUUCAUCUCGCUAUCCAUCCAUCCAUUGACGCGUCGACGGCUCUUUGGACAGGCCCGGCUUAUGCUGACAAUUUCAGUGAAUUGUGUGUGAGUCUCUGUUCGAAUCUUGGGGCUCUGGAGCAAAACUAGUCCGCGCUGCCAAUACGUGUGCGAUGCUAUCGGGUUGGAAACCGUGAGAUUCAUUCAUAAGAAGUUGUCACAGUCGCUGUUUUUGGUGACUGUCGUUGUUGUUGUUGCUCCUCUGGUGAAAGAAGGAAGAAAAAUCGGAAAAUCCGGAAGAAUACUGCCAGAGUUGUGGGAACAGUCCCCUAUUAUUGUGAUUGUGUGUGUUUGUGGGUGUGUGAAAAAUAGUGCUUUCUUUGUGACCACAGUCCGGUGUUUAAGCGGUGACGUUGCAUUCGACGGAACACGGGGUACCUGGUGCGAGGACCCCGCUGGGAGUGGUACCGAUCAACAUCAACCAGCUAACGCCUCACAUGGGAGUUUGCACAGAGGAGCGCCCUGUAAUGCAUUGGCACCAGAGCGCUAGGUUUCUUGGUCCACCCCGCGAGCGCAGUCCAGAUCUCACGAAUGCCUGCCAGAUCAACUCGAACAACAAUAACAACAUCAACCACCGGACGUGUAUAUCCUGCACGGACACCUGCGAGCACAAUAAUCUCAAGUCAAGUCACGGUGGUGGUGGUCACGGCGGAAGCCUUGGUCCAGGUCACCUCUAUUCCGACAGUUGUCACAGCUACGACUCAGCGCCUGACCGACUGAUAGCGGACCGCCCAAAUUACUACACCGAUCUCAAUCGAAGCGACUGCUCGGACACCAGCAGUAGUAUACUGAACAGCUGCAUACAGCUCAAAUCAGAACCUCCGGGAGGCCCAAGUAGUCCUGAUUCUUCCAACGAGUUACCGCCCUCCGGGUUGGACGAGUGCGCUGGCUGUGAUAUGCCGAUACAGGAUCGCUUCUACCUGUCAGCUGUGGAGCGCAAGUGGCACGCUACCUGUCUACAAUGUUGCAUCUGCCGGCAAACGCUGGAAGGUGCCAAUUCCUGCUUUUCACGUGAUGGCAACAUCUACUGUAAAACAGAUUACUACAGAGUAUUCGGCUCGAGACGAUGUUCGAAAUGUCUGGCUUCAAUUAGUUCCUCCGAGUUAGUUAUGCGAGCUCGACACCUAGUUUUCCACAUACGGUGCUUCUGCUGCGCGAUUUGCAAUACCCUGCUGAACAAGGGCGACCACUUCACGAUACGGGACUCGGCGGUGCUUUGCAGGUCCCACAUCGAUAUCUCGCUGGAUCCGGGAGCGCCACUUCCGCUGGCCAUGCAGUGUCAGUACCCCACCCAGUACGGAACCUCCCCUAGUGCCCCGCUCAGUCCGAGCGACUCUACCGGAAGCAGUAAAAUGCCACCGGCGGGCUACUUCUCGCCUCACCACACCGUUACCGCCCUGCCCCAGCAACCCCGCCAGAAGGGACGACCCCGGAAGCGGAAACCGAAAGACAUCGAAGCAAUGACCGCUAGCUUAGAUUUAAACACAGAGUACCUAGAUCUAGGCUUCAGCCGGGGCCUGGGCUCGUCAUCGCGGGCCAAACGAAUGCGGACCUCCUUCAAGCACCACCAACUGCGCACCAUGAAGUCCUACUUCGCCAUCAACCACAACCCGGAUGCGAAGGAUCUGAAGCAGCUCUCCCAGAAGACGGGUCUCCCGAAGCGGGUACUGCAGGUUUGGUUCCAGAACGCACGCGCAAAAUGGCGCCGGAUGAUGAUGAAGCAGGAGGGCAAAAUCCUGGACUCGGACAAGGGGGAAGGUUCGCUCGAUCUGGACGGGUACGUGUCCCACAGCCCCGGGUCGUACAUCAUGGGCGGCCCCGGUAGCCCAUCCUCGCUGGACUAGUGUCGGAUGAAAGUCACGUUCCGACGCAUGAAGCAGCAGCACCAUCAGAAUCACCAGGACCAGCAGCAGCCGAUACGCAAGUUCCCAAGCCAGCGGUCUUACGAUGCAAGUGUAAGUUGACUGUACAGUAGGGGACUUGCCCCGCACCGUUAGGAGUCAGCCUAGAUGCGCUGAGAGUGGCAGUAAAUUUAACGCGAGCGGAAAAGGGGGUAGCCACUGCCAAAAUGUCCACACACAACCGGAUGGCGGAUACGGGACUGCGUUUGAGUGCGCCUUGCCAUUCAUUACCAUUUCGAGCGAAGACAAUGAUGUUAUUAUAUUCAAAUUCUGCUGUUUAGCUGCUACUGUUUACUGCUACUGCCCCCGCCCCAGCGAAGCCGGAGAUUCUGAAUCAGCACAUAAAAACCAUUCGAACAAAACCGAUGGGAAUUGCGGAAUCGCACCGGGGUUGUUUCCAACGAAAUAAAAAACAAACGGAAAACAACAUGCAUAUGUAAAGAGAUGUAAAAUGGAAUCAGCAGCAGCAAGAAAAGUCGAAACCAAACUAUUGAAGAGUUAAAAAAGAACAGUGCAAAAGGAGUAGACAUAUAUCGAGUAGUAAUAAUAAUGUAUGCACAUAUGAUUACCGGGCAUGUUGCAUACUUAUGAUUUUGUUAUGUUAAGUUUAAGUUUUUUUUCAUUGUUAUUUGCUGCCUUUGCUGCUGGAAUGGCCUCCUUUACUACUCGUGGUAACUUGUACGCCUCUGACGGUAUGCGUGUUUUUGCAUUCCUUGCAGACAGAGUGGAGUACACGGAAGCACGGUGGGGCGCUUUUCGAAUUUCGACGAUGUUGAGCAAAUUGCGGGGGAUAGCAAAUAAUCAUGCUCAUAUUUCUCUAGACGCACGAGCUCACUUCUUCCCCCUUCACUGUCCAGCUGGACUGUCUUUCGUCUCAUCCCAUUUUUCCUAUGCCUGAUACAGCAGUUGUUCGCUAACUGGUCGGAAAAGUCAAUAUUGCACUCAAAAAAUAUUAAUUGAAAAGUAUGGAAGUGCAAAAUAAAAACUACACUAAGUGAAAUAAUUAGUAAAUAGAACGAAUUUUUGAAUAAAUGCAUCCAAUCCAAUCAUUUUGUACCGUACUAAUUAUUGAUUUAGUUUACGAGGAGAAAUUGGUAUACAUAUAUGUCAAGCAGAGCCAUGAUUCGUAAGCCCAAUAUCGGCUACAUUUUUCCGGCGAAAAUGCACGUAUUACAAUUGGGGCUGUCCACAUACCACGUGGACAGAAAUAGCACGACAUCAGACAUCCCCUCUCCCCUUCCAUGGACAAGCAGGGAAAUUAUCAUUUCUUUGAUUUGUUUCCCUAAUAUUUCCGGUGAAGUUGUUUGUAUAGCUGUCUACUUUCGACCCAGCAAGUUUCGCGAAGUGUGUUAACAAUGAAGUUAUUACCAGCAUUAAUUGAUUUUACAUACAUAUACGAAAAAACAAUUUAAAAUGUUUAUAUCAUGUGAAAUUUAGGACAUUUUAACAUUGGUUUCUUUUCCUUGUUCGUUUGACGAAGGUGUUCGAUUGCCACGAUUCUUGGCCAAAGGUAGUGAAUCCCCACCAAGAUGACGACUUUUCUUGUUCCCCUUAUCGUGAAGGGAAAGAUUAUAAUUUUUUAUUCAAAUUUUAAAAUACAAUUUGGCAUCUUUUAGAAAACAAAGCUGUGUAGCAUUUUAUAAAGGGUCAUUCUCAAGGAUGACCGCAAAUCCUCCCGGUGAUCUCGUAAUAGAAAUUCUGUUGAAAUCGUAUGAUAUUUUGCAGUAACGAGUUCUUAGUCUGGACAGGAUUUUCUGCUCCUUCGUCGCUUUUAUGUUCUCGAACGUGGCUAUGGAGCCUUUGAUUCUCCGGAGGAACAGCCUUGCUUUAAUGGAUCAUUUUCGUGGUAUUUUCGUGAGAUAAAUUCAAAAAAAGUAUGGUUGAGGCCCACUGAGCUCGUCCCAAGUCGAAAAUUGAAUCUGCAUUCCCAUUGGUCCCAAACCAAAGUUGUUUAGCUAUAUCGGUGGGAGGUUGGAGUGUGUCACCUAUUGUAAGACUUUUUUUUUUGUUAAGACAAUCAGGUCCUCAUCUCCGCUGGUUUAAGCGAGAAAUCUGGCAGUUCUGGAGACUAUCGCCGCGUCCUCGAAGAUGUCAAACAGAGGUUCCUCUACUUCAGCGCAUACCGAGACUUCUGGUGUUGAUGGUAGCAGGCUAAAGAUAAUCCGCAGUGCAUUUUUGUAGGAGUUCAUCUCUGGCCAGGUACCUCAGUUACAAACCAUCUUUGGCCACCCGUCACUCGGUUAUCACCCCGGUGAGGUUUAGUGAUGGCUAAAUAUUAAACUGUGUGGUACAGUUCUUCCUCACCUUGUCGACAUGCUGCUGGAAAUUCAGGUUGCAGUCGACCACCACAGUAUGUUCAACGUUCUAAGGCUGGGGAUGCGUUCUUUGUAAAUUUUUGCCCCCGAACGCAUUCCCAUCGUGUAAAUUUUGACCACCUUGUUACCACUCUUUUGUCUCUAAAGUCGGAAACCUCAUUCAAAAUGUCAUUUACCAAUAGCAUUGGUAGCUACCUAGAUCUUGACGCUUGAUGCUAUACGCAUGUUCCCAGGUUGUCAUCCGAACACUAAGACGGAAUCUUGAGGUAUACUAGUUUCUUCGUGGAGGCACCUGGAACUAGCUUACCCAACUUUUACCUCGAAAGUCCGGUUUAUCGCGAGAUUUUUCACAAAGUGCAGAUUGCCGUCUGUCAAUGUCUUCAGAACUAGUGGUAUCCAGGUUUGGUUGUACGUCUGCUUCAGAUUCAGGGCUAUCAUCUACACGGGUUGUAUUUCUGAAUACAUAAUACAGAAAUCCCAAAGAGCUACUUCCUCCUAGUAAAGAUCGGUUUUGGGGGAUAGUUAAUGGUGCUGCAUUCCGCUUGCCCAAAUAUUUCUUUCGAUCAACAUUGCUGUAAAUUAUUAAACUUUUUAUCGUCCAUCACGAUUUGCUUGAAAAAUGCGAAUUUUCGUUGAGUUUAUAAAGAUGAUGGAGAAAUGAUCCAUUAAAUGUUUUUCGCACCAAGGUUAACCAGAUGCUCAUGAAUAUAAAUAUUUGUAAUGAAUCUGCUACUUCGCGUAUGUAUCGCGUAUUGAGGAUUAUUCUUGAUCAGCGUUUCGAUUUGAUUAGCAUCAGUGGCGGCACAAACUUCCCGGACAACCCAAUAGAAGUGUAUUUCAGAAAAUAUUACAUUUCAACGAAGAUUGUCUCCGUUGCUAGGGACACUUUUUCAGAGAUAAGGUCUGUGCACCCAUGAAUGAAUUUAUUGUUUGUGUUCCAUUUUCGAGUUUUAAGAAGAAAAAAACGAAGCAGUUUUUACUUAUGUGGUGUCUUACCUCUGAUCUUCAUCCAUUUUUAUUUAUUUAAAAUUAUACUACAUCCCGUUGAGAGAUUAGAUCUUCUUCACAAUUUUUCGCCAAUAAACCCGAUCCAUCGCUGCAGUUCUCCAACUCCCGACCGCAUCGAUUCUUGCCAAGUCCUGCUCCAUCUGGUCCAACCACCUCGCUCGCUGGGUUCCUCUCCUUCUUGUUCCUACUGGAUUCGAUGCGAACACCAUUUUUGCGGGGCUGGUGUCCGGCAUUCUUAGAUCUGUUGUUUGCGGGGUGAUUUUGUCCAUUCAGUUGACAAAAUUUGACAAAAAUGCCGCAAUUGCUGGAUACUUGUUGGAUUUUUGCUCCUGGCGCUUAAUUUACAAAAUUGAUUAGAGAUGCUCGAUCGGAUUAUGGUCGAGAAACAGUGAACCACUUGAACCACUGCGAAACCAGCUUUUUGGUGUACUUCGGAUCUCCGUCUUGUUGGCAUGUAUAUCUGCGUCCCAAGGUUUUGUGCAGACUCCCUUGGUCAUGAUUCCAUCGGUUGAUAAAUCAACAUUGGCAAAGUAAUUCUUCAAAUUAACCCCUUCCCGUUCAACAUCCAGUCUCACUCGUGGGUACAUGCAUAACAUAGGGCGCUAGAACGCUCAGCAGAGUAGCGAAAUCACUUGAUGUGUGACGUAUUAAAUAAUACGGGAAAAAAACAGCAACAAAAAAUAAAUUGAAAGGGGGACUAUAACUUUUUUUUGGUAUACUGUAUAUGCCAGUUAGGUGCAUCAUAUACCACCCAAAAUAUCGGAUAAAUGAUGAUGUAAAUACGCUGCUUAUACGAUUUAGUUUUUGCUGGGUUCUUCAAUAUGUGUUGAGCUGGUCCACUUCAUCUAUUGCACAAAUAUUGUGUCAGUUAAAUUCAUCCAAUUGUUGUAUCAUUUAAACUCUCCAGACGGCACCGGCAAGCGCAGAUAUGCAUUACCAACUCGCCAAACUCAUUCAGCAAAAAAAUCCUUUGAGCGUGAUAGUGAACCCAUCAGCAAAUUGUGCCAGCAUAAGCAAGUGCCCAAGUCCGAAAAGUCUCGGACCAUCGCCACACAGUUCAAUCGCUCCAAAUUCCGAUUUUUUCCCCAGCAAACAUUAAAUCGUAUAACUUUUGCACAUGCUAGGUCGCACAUAAAUUGGUAUCAAAUCAUAAUCGCAUAAAAUAUCAAUUCAAGGAUACAUCAUGUAUAUCUGAAAUCGUAUAAAAUGCAGAAAUACGAUUUUCUAUAUCAUUGAUGGAUUAAGUCAUAUAUCGGUCUGACAAUCAUCCUUAUGUCACGAUGUGUUGUAUUAUAUACGUACAUAAUAUUAAUUUUAAUCAAAUUGUCAGGUCAAAUCGCAUAUCAGUGUCACAUGUAUCGUAAAUCGCUGUAUACGGCUUUAUAUACACAUACAAUAUGACAUUUUCGUAUAUCGCAUCCACUUUUGCAUGUAUAUGCCAGUUAUACGCAUCAUAUAUCUCUCACAUGUGGCUUGGAUGUAUGUCACCUCCAAUUAUGACAUUUUAUAUUAUUUAAUGUUUGCUGGGUUGCUUCUCAAAUUAAUCGAUAACAGUUGAAAAUUUAUUUGAUGGAAAUAGACGAACUAAACAUAACCUUUUUUUGUCAUUAUUGCAAGAACUGAAAAUACAGUAACAAUACGAAUACAACCCGAUAUCAAUAAAAUGGACGUCGGUUCGAAUUGUGGCACAUUACGAUGUGUCGUGUCGUGGAAGCCUUAUCGAGUGAGCACAAUAAAUUAUUGAAAUGCUUCAGAUCUCACAUGCUUCGAUAGAAAAAUGUCAAUCACGUCAUUGUCAUCAACCAGAUAAUGCACCAGCUGGAGAGCGUGUGUGGAUUCAAUGUUUCGAAUCAAUAUUUAUGAAUAUGUGGUCACAAAAGAUGAUGGAUUUUUGCGUGUAUCGUACGAUGAUACGACGCAGUCAGGGUAACGUCAUGCUACGAUGUCGUGAGUUGUGCCAAAAAUUCAUGGUCCAAAUGUAAGUGAAGGUAGAGGGCGAACGAUUGUGAUUCCUACGACACAAUCGACAGAGACUGCAUGAGGAAGAAUAAAUUUACUUGCAAGACUCUAUCAUGAGCAACGUCGACACAGCAUUUGCUAUUGCCAGGCUAAAACGCAAUGCAUUGUCAAGUCCAAUAGAGUUGUAAUAAUGUGGUAACAUUUCCACGCAAUUCGACAUAGACGUCAUUGAGCUUCGUGUUUCAUUAAAAAAAAUGGUAACGAAUUUUCGGAUAGAAUAAGUAAGCUUUUAAAACGAAAAAUAUAAAUGGAAAUUAGCUAUACCGUAUAUAAUAUAUAUUCUAUGUAACAGAGUCACACAUUUUCUGCAAGUGGGCAACAAUUUUGAACGAAAAUUGUUUCUGAAAAUGUGCUUUCGGAUCUGCUAAUCUAAAGGAGAGUAAAUUUCUCCACAAAUACAGAUGAAUUAUUUUGAUGUUUGUUUUUCAUCAACUUCCAUCACUUACAUGGAACGAUUACUAAACGAAGUAAAUGAAAAAAUACUGAUAAUGGCGGACAAUCAUUCACAAUCAUUGAAAUUCAGAGUACUGAUAUGAAUACUCCUUGACUGAAUGACAACGAUGAAAUAAUGUGCUACCAAAUUGGCCGGUAUAUCAGUUCCAAGAAACUUGUUUGUGGUAUCUUUGGUUUCCCAAUUCCCAACAGUUAUCCAUCCAUUCAGAAAACGACAAGAGCCUUUUUUUCACUAACGAAACAGCAAUUGAACGAAAUUAAUAUUAAUUUACUUUAUUUCAUUUUUCUACUUUCCAACCAAAAUAUACAGCUUUUUUUCUUUACAUUUUACUUAACAUAUUAAAACUUCACAUCAAGCAUGUCAGUUAUUUGAAUGAAAUACGUUUUAUUUAAGCAGGUCAUCGUCUACAGCUCUCAAUUCUUCCGUAUGUCAUGGAUCCCAUCGCCACAUAUCCAUUUGAUCUUCAUCAAAGAAUGAAUCAAAACCGUAAAACCAUUCGAACACACUUACAUUAGUUGUUUUUCUAUUUAACAACCAAAAUAUUCACUAGAAAUAAUUUAUAUGGCAGAACAACGUUUGCCGGGUCAGCUAGUUCUGCUAUAUAUUUUGACACUUGUGUUUACCAUUUACUCACGUAGGAUGUACGAAUAGUUAGUACGGUAGAAAAUGACUAUCGAAUCGUUACUAGUUACUAUAACAUUUGUUAUAUAUACUAAUUAUUUCUCUCAGUGUAUUAAUCUAUAAUAAGAUCCUUGAUGCAUCAAAAGUUCAUAUUUUACGUUCAACUGUUUUUUAACUGGGCUAUAGCCCAGUUUUCGAGCGCCUAGUUGAAAGCAGCCCAGUUAAAAAAAAUGGGUAGGUCAUAUCUAUGAUAAAAUGCAAGGGUAACGUGGGACUACCUUAGCCUAGCAAUCAAUUGUUCGCAUUGAUAAAAAUUUUGAUUGAACGAAACAAUUUCCGAAUUCAAUUGAAUUCAAUAUAUUUGCUUUUAGCAUUGACAUUGAGCAAGUUGCACAAUAUCGUAGGUGGUGCUAAUUCAGAACUGUUAUGUUGAAAACUAGCCUCCAUCCGUUGCUGAUGAUUGGUAAUGUCUCUUAGAUGAAACAAUUGAAUUCAAUAUAUUUGCUUUGUGAGUAAAAAGAUUGUAUAAUGCCAUGUAAAGUCAAUUCAUGCAAUAGAUUAUGUUCUUCGUUACAAGUAAAUUCAAUGACAAGUCUUUUACGUUUGGUAUGAUGUGUUAGGAAAACACAUUUCAGUCAGAACAAAAAUUACCCCGAUUUGUAUGUAUUUGCAAUGCCGAUUUCCCCAGGCACCUUGGUUUAGAAGUCUUUAUUAGGUAAACCCAUUUCAGUCGGGACAAAAAUACUACUGACCUGCAUGAAUAUGCAAUGCUAAUUUCCUCAGACACCUUGGUUCUGAAGUCUGUGUUAGACAAACACAUUUCAGUCGGAACAAAAAUACCCCCGACUUUCAUGUAUUUGCAACGCCGAUUUCUCUAACGCUACUUGGUUUUGAAGUCUGUGUUAGGGAACACAUUUCGGUGCGAAUAAAAGUCCCCAUACUUUCAUGUGUUUGCAAUGCCGAUUUCCCUAAGGCUGCUGGGUUUUAAUGGCUGUGUUGGGGAAACCGUAAAUCGGGCCAAUCAAAACGAGGUAGUUAAGGCGUUUAGAUAACGCUUAACAUUUUACAGUUAUUCAAUUGUUUAUCUAAUGAAACAUAACGUUUCAUUAAUUGCGAUAGAAGCGUAGAAAUAUUCAGUAUCAAUUGAUGCAAACAUCUUUCCGAUCCAAUAAGAAAUGUUCGAGGUAUAAGCAUUCGGAAUCUUUCAUUUUUUCCUGCAUGUUCUAUGUUUAGGUUUUCAUUUUAACCCCCAUAUACUCCGGUUAGACGUAGUCCCACGUCAAAAACGACCAGUUAGCGAACAAGUGCUGUAUAUCGAUUCCCUGGUUUCGAGGAUGAGGCAAAGCAAAGUUUCACUCACACAUGCUCACGCCCACCGGUCUGCAGGCAUUGAUUGAAAGAUGGGAAGAUCGAAUCAGUUUCAUUGUCAGCAACCACCGACGGUGGCUGCAGCAGCAGCAGCAGCGGAGAUAUUUAUGCUGUACUCCACAAAACCACCACCCGCUCUUACGUGUCAACCUUCCCCCCUACGCGUUUCGUGAUGCUGUCUCGCAACUCUUCGACGAAUGUCGUCGGCCAUCCAUCCAUCUAUCCAUCCACGACAUCUUAACGUAUUCCCUCCCGAUUUCCCACCACGCUUUGAAUUCGACGCUAACCGCUCCCGGGGAAGGCUCCCCAGCCCCAGAGAUCAGCCAGCACACGAUUUUCGCAGAAAGUUCGCUUCUUCCGCGAUGGUUGCUCAUUGAUGCAUGGAUGAAUAAAUAUGCGAAUACAUGUCGAGUAUGCUGCAACGUUACAACAGAAUGACUAAGCAAAAACAACUACCCAACAAGAAGAAUGAAAGCAACAAAUAAAGAAAACGAUGCAUUGAACUGAAAUUGAAUUUCAAAUUUGAUGAAUGAGCGUUCGUUCGUUCGUUCGGUUGGGGCUGCUGCCCCGGAUAAGGCCCGGAACAAUGUGAGCAAGUGACAGCGCCCCAUAAAUUCUGUAGGUACGCACUGAAAAAAAAAAUACAAGGUAGCAAACAAAACGAGGAUCGCACAGCGCAAAGUGUGUUGUGAUGAUUAUGUAGAUAUGCGAGCGGGAGCUGAGUUAUUUUGUAUUUUCAUAAACGAAACAACACAAAAAAAAAGGAAAACCGUAGCAACUAGCAACUGUAUAAAGUGGAUAUUUAAAUAAAUUUUUAGAUCUCAAACCAACGCUUCUCGUAUACGCGUAGUAUAAUAAAGGAGAAUGUUAAAGUGACACCGGAGGCAGUUGAAUCGAUUGCUAACCGAAAAAGUUUGAGCACGGAAUAGAUAGCAAAAAAUGCGUCCAAUCUAUUCUGGAAUUGUUGUUUGAAAAAUAGGAAGAAAAAAAAACUAUCCUUAGCGUAUGUAUUAUCUGCUAAGGUGAGAAUAUAACCCUGUGAACCAUGAUCGUACUAUUUUGUCGAAUGCUGCUCAACGAGACUUAGCUUGUAGUGAAUAAUUGUGUGGUAUUGAUGAGUGGAAUGAAUUAGAAUAGCAACCGCGAUGAUGAAUUGCUUUAUUUAUGGUUAUAAGGGAGCAGACGUAAAGUGUACAGAGCGUAGAGUAAAUAGGAACUAUUAAGUAAAUUUGUAUCAGGAUAAAAAAAA